AUGGGUUGCUUUAGAUUUUGUCUGGUCAUAAUACCAGCCUUACUGUCGGUUGUCGCAUGUUUAUUUGCAAUUUUCUCCUGUAUCGGAUCAACCAAAAAUAACGAGUUUUUGACGUCUAUUUACCUUUUGGAAAUUGAUGCCUCCAAUAUAUCAAUUUCGGCUCUGAUCCCUGCUGCCGCCAAUAUAGACAUCUCUCCUCAACAAUUGGGUUUGUCAGAUGUCUACACUCUUGGUAUGUGGGGAUACUGCGAGGGUACAGCUUCCUCUGAUGCUCAAACUGACAGAGAUGAAAUUCUUGGUCUGGACAAUGUUGAUUUCACCGCUUGUUCAAGUCCAAAGGCAAUGUACGUUUUUGAUCCCGAAAGUUUCAUACAGGAUGUGCUGAAUACCUCGGCAUCACUAAAUCAAGUGAACUCAUACCUGGACAUUCUUGGAGUAGACAACGUUGACAUCUCUCUUCCUCAGGAUUUGGUCGACUACGAGGACACAAUAAGAGCAGUAUCCAAGAUGAUCUUUAUUUGCACCAUAAUCGGUAUUGUGCUUACAUUCAUACAGGUUCUCUUCUCCAUUGGAGCUUUCUUCAGCAAGGGAUGGUCUUGUGCCACCACUGUUGUAAGUAUAUUGUCCUUCGUAAGUCUUAUCAUUGGUGCUGGUGGUGCGACUGGGAUGUACCGAAUUGUGCAAACUAUUUUCAAUGAUAACCUCGGUGAGUAUGGAGUCAGAGCAGGUCUUUCUAGAAACUUUUUGGUCUUCUACUGGCUUGCGGUUGCAUUAAACCUGAUAGCCUUAGUAUUUUGGAUCUUUUCAAUCUGCUGUGGAUCUACUAGGAAGCGUAGUAGGUCGUACACCGAUUCCGCAGAGAAGCAGCCGAUGAUGGUCUAUCAACCGUAUGAACAGGCUCCACAGCACGUAUACAAAUAG